CAGACAAGAGACUUCACUGCCAUAGUUACUGUUCAUGGAGGAGCCUCACCAGAGACACCAGCAAUGUUCCUCCCAGAGAGAAGGGUGAUCCUGGAGCUGCUGUUGCUGCUCAGUGUGAGCUCACAGGUCCAGGGAGACGAAAAUGAAUGUUCCCUGGAAAUUCUAGUGCCUCGAAACUCCAUGCAGAAUAUCUCUGCUACAGGACGACUUACAAUAACCUGUGGGAUUAAAUACUGUGAGGAGAAACCUGUGGUGAGAUGGUGUAAACUUCAUGAGAAAGCCUGUCUCCCCGUAAAGGAGGCUGACAUGAUCACAACUGAGUGGAAAGAGAAGGAUCCCAAUUCAGCCACCUAUUCUCUAACUUUCUCUAAUAUAACCUUGGGUGACAGUGGUCAGUAUCGAUGUGAAGCUGCAGCAAAUGUGAGCUCUGAGUACCAAAGCACUGUGAGCCACUCCAUACUGGUCUCUGUAUCAGCACCACAACCAGCAGCACUUAAUCAUUAUGAUGAAGAUCCCAUCAGGAGAAAAUCCUGAACCAAGCAGACAUCUUCCAAUGCUGUCCCAUCUGCAAGACAAAGUGUUUCUUCACAAGCAACAUCAGGGGCAUUGUUUUCACCAAUAUGCAGGACUCCGUGAAGAUGCACUAGGGCCCCAGGAAUUGAACCCAGGGCCACAGUACUCCAAGG